CGCCGAGCGCAAUGGUGGCAGUGCGUUGGGUGCUCUCGGUGCUAGCGACGGCGUCGGCCUGCACCAUCAUCGCUGUGGGCAAAGACGCGUCGAGCACGGGGUCGCCGCUCGCGACGCACAACGCCGACUGCGGCAACUGCGACUUUCGCAUCGGCAAGGUCCCUGCCAAGACGUUCUUGAAUGGCUCGAGCCGGCCCAUCACGCGCUUUCGCCUCGAGUACCCUCGCUACGUCGGCGACGACCGCGGCGACACGUUCAAGCUCGCCAACGUCGACACGACCAUUUACAACUGGACCGAGACGCCAGCGAUGGGUUCGAUUCCGCAGGUGCCGUCGACGUACGCGUACCUCUCGGGUCUCUACGGCAUCAUGAACGAGCACCAAGUGUCGAUCGGCGAGAGCACAUGCGGCGGGAAGCUCGUGGCCGCGCCCGUCUCGGACGGCGGCAAAGCCCUCUUUGACGUCUCGGAGCUGACAAACGUGGCCAUGGAACGCGCGACGAAUGCGCGGGAAGCGAUUGCCCUCAUGGGCCACCUCGCCGAGACGUUUGGGUACUACGGCGCCGACUGGUCGAGCCCGAACGCGGUGCUCGAGGCUGGCGAAGCACUCGUUGUGGCCGACCCGAUCGAAGCGUGGAUCGUGCACUUUCACCCGGAUGACACGGGCGCGUCCGCGGUCUGGGUCGCGCAGCGCAUCCCUGAUGGCCACAUCACGGCGGUCGCCAACCAGUUUACCAUCCGCGAGGUCAACUUGACCGACAGCGCCAACUUUAUGGGCUCCACAAAUAUGGUCGACGUCGCGAUUCGCGCCAAGCUGUACGACCCGUCGGUCAAUGGCACCUUUGACUUCACCCGCGUGUACGCGCAGCCCAUCACGCCAGACCAGUAUUACGCCACGCGGCGCGUCUGGCGCGUCUUUACGCUCGCGAACCCGAGCCUCGAUCUCUCGCCCUUGACCGAUAUCUACGCCUCAGACUAUCCAUUCUCGGUGCCAGUCGCAUCGACCCUGGGCCCGCAAGAUCUUAUGCGCUACAUGCGCGACCACUACGAAGGCACGCCGUUCGACAUGACGCAGGGUCCGGCCGCAGGGCCGUACGGCAACCCGGACCGCUACGACAUCAACGGCAACGGCAACAUGACGCGCGCCACCGCGAUGACGGGCCAUUUCGAGCGCGCGAUCUCGAUCUUCCGCACGAGCUUCUCGUUCGUCUCGGUGGCCGAUAAGGCAGACCCGUCGCUCGGGCUCAUCUGGUUUGGCCAGUACGGUCCGCACGCCACGUCAUAUGUGCCCAUCUUUACACACGUGACCGAGGUCCCCAGCGAGUACGCGCGCGGGUCGCUGCACGCGUACGACAUGGAGGCGUCGUUCUGGGCGUUUGCGAUCGUCGGCAACUGGGCCUCGCGCUUCUACCUCUUUGCGCAUCCGGUCGUGGCCGCGGUCCAAGACAAGCUCGAGAGUGCGGCGCGCGCGGCGUUGCCAUCGAUCCAUUCGGAAGCCACGUCGCUUGCGUCGACCAAAGGCGACGACGCGCUCCGGGCGUACCUCACCUCACAGUCCAAGCAGCUCGCGACGACCACGCACAGCGCAUUUGUGAAUCUCUUUGGGACGCUCGUGACCACGUUCCACGAUGGGUACAUGAUGCGCAACUUGACGGCCGGCACGCUCUCGGCGCAGUCGCUCUUCUACCCGCAAUGGUGGCUCGAGAACGUCGGGUACUUUGCAGCGCACGACGACAUGCCGACGUUCAUCACGAGCAACGAAGGCGCGUCGACCAUGUUUUUCAUGGGCGUCUUCCUCCUCGGGUCCUUUGUCUGCCUCGCCAUCGGGUUUGGCCUCGGCAUGUACCGCCAGCGCGGCUACGUGCGUAUCAACUAGGACCAGCGAUCAAUACACCUGGCUUUUCUUUGCACAAAGCACGCGUCCGGAAGCUCCAUUUCACGAGACUGUACUUUCAAUGUAUCAAGUGGUUUGCGCUAAAAUGGCGCCGACUCAAAUGCACGAUGAGGCUAUUUCGACCC